CUUGGCUUGAGAGAAUUCUUAUCCACCUUUUGACACACUGCAGUCAGUGGAUCUAGACUAAGGCUAAGUCUUCAGUCAACAAGUCAGUUGUUUGGAAGCUAGACUGUUACCACUUAUUAGUGGACCACUUUCAGAGUGAGAUGUUUCUGUAUUUAAACAUCCUGGUGCUGGUCCUCCUGCAGCCGGCUUUGUCGAGCUCAAUGAUGCUGACCACACCAUCCAGAGGAUGUCCCAACUGUAAAUUAAAGUCCACACAGAGUCAGCUGGCUGUAGAUUCAAAUUCCACCGCUCCGGCCAUUGGAGAACCAUGUGGGGUCUACACUCUGGGCUGCGCCCACGGUCUACGUUGUGCACCUUCAGAGGAUGAGCCAAGGCCCCUCCGUGCCCUUCUGGAAGGCAGGGGAGUCUGCAGUAAUGCCAGCGGCAUCAGCCCGACUGAAAAUGUCCAGACUGUAGACCUAACAACUACUAAGGAUCCAGAUGAGGCUCCAUGUCGUAAACUGCUGACUUCACUUAUCAAAGGUCUUGAUGCCCAUUUAUUUAAGUCUCAUCAUGAUAUCUACAUGCCCAACUGUGACAAGCGUGGUUUCUUCAGAAAGAAGCAGUGUUGGUCGUCUCGAGGUAAGCGGCAUGGCAAGUGCUGGUGUGUGAAUCAGAAUGGCAUGCCGGUCUCCUCAAACACUAAACACAAGGGCGGCCGGAUUUGUUCAAAUGCAUGAUGCCUGGACUGAAGCCGAGGAGGCUGAAGCCAAUACGAGAUAAAAAUCAAGGAACUCCAAUAUAGAGUCGAAUGGAGCUCAACACAGUCUCGCAUUUCAUUCUCCAACAGCCAGAAACAGCUCUCCACCAAUGAAAAGCUGUUUCCAAAUCAGGUGUAAGUUUGUAUCCUUGCGCCCUCUACUGAACAUAUUCGGAGUGUAUUGAUUGGACAUUACUGUCAUAUCAGCUGACAUGAGAUGUCAAUGUCCACUAUAUAAAAUGUAUGUUAACAGGUGACUCUUUCCAGACACAUUGUGUCACAUUGUAGCAUUAGUUGCAGAAACUGCAGUUUGAGCUGCAUAUUCAAGUUGUUUAUCUUUAUGUAUCAACAUUUUAACUCGAUGUCUUGCCAUCUUUAACAAUAGGAUUUGGAUCAAUGGAUCGCAUCAUAUUUAUGCGUACAUUUUCAGUAUUUUUUACUAUGAUUGUAUUACUGUAAUUGCUGUACAAACAUCUAUAUGUAAUCCUAUUUAUGUUACUUUGAAUAUGAUAUUUAUAUACAUUUUAUCUAUAGUUGCCCAUUAGAGCUGACACCUGAGGUAUUAUUUUAAAAACCUGAAUUUCUAAUGCAGAUUUACAUGGGGGCAUUGUUAUCAUUUCUUUCUUUUUUCGGAAUUCAUGAAGAUAAUGUACCUCUUGAAUGUUAAGAAAGUUAAAACUGACACUGACGGGCAAUAUUGCAAACAUGCCCAUAAGAGACUUUAUUGAUAUUUUGAGGAUUUUGUACAUUUAAAGAACCUAUUUCUAUAUGUAUUGUAAAGAGAAAAAAUCUGCUCAAGAGGUAAAUCCAUCAUGUUUUUAAACCAACAUUUCGAAUGAAGAAGAAGAAGAAGAAGAAGAAGAAGAAGAAGAAGAAGAAGAAGAAGGCACACACGUUCACUGUGGAUCAAUGCAAGGUUGAACAGUAACACUCACAUGUAACACAACAAGUACAUAAUUAUGAUUACAGCAUAGAGGGCCGACAUGAAUAACUAACAAGUCAUAAAUCAUAUUUAUUAUUCAACAGACAGGAGAUUAAAUGCAUUUUUAGAUCAAACUCAAUUAGAAUAGUGGCUUCAAUAUGACAGUUUAUCAUCUGCCUACAAGUUGCAGAAGAACCAUGAUGUAUGAAAUAACUUGUGCAUCAUAUACACCGAGUGAAAAACACUAAUAAAUACCUUUUGUAACAGAGUCAAUUAAAACCUUGUA